UUUUAUCAACUUUUAGUGAACCUUCCAGAAUACGGCUUUGUCAGUCUGGCACUAUUGAGAUUGAAAGUGAACGAGAAGAAAAAGACUUAACAUUAUUCGAAGAAGGUGAUGAACCUGAUAAAAGAACUAAAAGUGUUCACAACCCCUGGGUUCUUCGUUGUCAUCGAGAGCAGUUAACAAAAAUGCAUGCAACUGCAUCUGCUUCAAAAACUUCUAAAAGGAAAUUCAUUCUGUUGGAGAACCUGACAAGUAGGUUUAAAUACCCUUGUAUAUUGGAUCUAAAGAUGGGUACUAGACAACAUGGAGAUGAUGCCUCACUUGCUAAGCAGAAAAGCCAUGAAGCCAAAGUUGCUCUCUCUACAUCAGGAAGUCUGGGUGUCAGAAUUUGUGGCAUGCAAGUUUAUCAGUUGAGUUCAGGCCGGUUUCUUUGUCACAACAAAUAUUAUGGCAGGAGCUUGACAGUGGAUGGAUUUAAACAAGCUUUCCGCAGGUUUCUUCAUAAUGGUCAGCAUGUCCGUUUGGAUGUCAUUCCCUUAUUACUAGAUCGUUUAGAUAAAUUAUACACCGUUAUCGAGCAUCUUGACACAUUCCGCUUUUACACUAGUUCUCUUCUUGUUAUUUAUGAUGGCAAAGAAACUCGGGAUGUCACUUCCUGGAAUGGGAACCAAGAUGCAGGUAGAGUGGUUCAUGACCAAAUCCAAGGUAAUGGCAAUGACUACUUGAACGAUGAUUUCAGUGAGUGUGAAAGGUCACUUAAAACUAGAGAAAAUUUGGGAGCUUGGGGCAGACCAUUAGAUAGUUGUUAUACAGACAUCACUCAAACUCUUUCUUCUUCCCUUCCAUGGGAGAGAAAAACUAUGUGUCCUAUUGAUGUGCGUAUGAUUGAUUUUGCACAUUCCACCCAUUGUGAACUCCCAAGUGAUCGUAGACUUCAUGAAGGACCUGAUGAAGGAUACCUUUUUGGGCUUCAGAACGUGAUUGCUUUACUAAAAACAAUUUUACAAGAAGAAGGGUGAUUAAUGUUUUUUUUAUGAAACCCAGAAACCAGUGAGAAAGAUAAGCAUGGUGUUCAAAUUCUGAAUUGAGAUUUCUUGCCUGUGUCUCCUCACUCUCGUUCAGGCCACUCCAAGAAUAACUGUGAAAAAUAAUCUAUGUAAAAAAAACAAAAGAUAUUCAUUACAGAAUUAUUGGUACGUAUUAUUCUAAAUCUAUGUGUGGAAAAUAAAAUGUUUUUCCUUAAUAAAGAAGAGUGUAGAUGUAUCUUAUAAAUUGGUUUAAUUAUGAUGAUCAAAUUAUAGAAAACAAACUUAUGACCUAAAAUUAGCCUCUAUGAAACAUUUGCCUAUAUAAAUAUUGAUUGUUAUUUAUUUGUUUUAUUGAGUGCAUGGAGUACUUAUUACAUGUAUCUAAAGUUAUAUAUGUCUCAAAGUCAUUUGUACUGACUCUAAGUUAGAUAGUUAAUAUCUGAAAUUAAACGUUUUAUUGAUUUGGCAUCAAAAUGACAUCUACAAUAAAACAUUUGUUUUUGUUUCCUUGUCAGAGUUUUAAGAUGUGAACUAUUAAAAUCAGAAGUGCUUUUGUUUGAGGCAGUGUUCAAACCAAAGUAGUUUUGAAAGUUGAAACAUUUAAUAAAUUCCUAAAUAACAGUAACAGAUAAAAUUAAACUUCCCCCAAAACUGAUCAAAGAAUGUUUUUGUAAUUGUUUUUUAUAUUUAUAUUUAUUUAUUAUGUACAGAAUCAUAAAGAUCAAAUUCUUGCAUAGAUACAUGUUUAAAGUUGCUUAUUCUACUGAAUAUUUAAAAUAAUUCAUACGUCGUACUUUAGAAGAGUGUUGGCUGAAUGAAAAAUAGAAAUUCCCACGUAUUGUUUGAAAAAUUCUUGGGCAAGACAUUCUAUGAGCUUUCACCAUUUACAUACAAGUCGUUUUU